AUGGAGAACAUGAUGCAGGGCAAUAAGAUCAGACGAGUUGCAGCUACUCGCAUGAAUGAGAGGUCAUCUCGAUCACACACGAUUUUCCGGAUUAUUCUGGAGUCGAAAGAUGCCAAUCAGAAAGAUGGACCUGUACAUAUAAGCUACCUUAACUUAAUGGACUUAGCUGGUUCUGAGAGAGUUUCUCUGACGAAAGCUGCUGGUGAGCGUCUUAAAGAGGGGGCUAACAUAAACAAAUCUUUGUCAGUAUUAGGAAAUGUGAUAAGGCAACUAAGCGAGGGGAAGGAGUUUAUCAGUUAUCGCGAUUCGAAAUUGACUAGACUGCUCUCACAGGCUCUUGGCGGUAAUGCCAAAUCAUUGAUUAUCGGGAAUAUCAGACCAAUGAUCCACCGCGAAGUAGCCGAUGGUCUAGAGCGUCUUUGGAACGUAAGAGUAAACUGCAUAUGGGAAGCCGAUGAAAGUAGUCGCCAUGGAGAGGUUUAUAUAUUCGACCAUGUAUUUAAGCAGGAAUGUACAAAUUCAGAUGUAUAUGGAUCUGUAGUAAAACCUUUAGUCGAUUCCUUCAUGGAAGGUUUCAAUGCCACAAUAUUUGCAUAUGGCCAAACAUCUUCUGGCAAAACACACACCAUUUUGGGCAAUAAAACAGAUCCUGGGCUUUUCCAAUUAGUAUCCAAUCAGUUAUUCCAGCAUGUGGCAGACCAGGUUGAUAAGAGGUACUUGAUUAGAUGCAGUUAUAUUGAAAUCUACAAUGAAAAGAUCAAUGACCUCCUGGAUAAGAGCAAUCAGGGUUUAACUAUAAGAGAAGAUAUCAAAGGAAAUGUGCUGCUUGAUGCAAGGGAAGCUGUCGUAGACAAUGUUGAUAAAGUUAUGGAGAACAUGAUGCAGGGCAAUAAGAUCAGACGAGUUGCAGCUACUCGCAUGAAUGAGAGGUCAUCUCGAUCACACACGAUUUUCCGGAUUAUUCUGGAGUCGAAAGAUGCCAAUCAGAAAGAUGGACCUGUACAUAUAAGCUACCUUAACUUAAUGGACUUAGCUGGUUCUGAGAGAGUUUCUCUGACGAAAGCUGCUGGUGAGCGUCUUAAAGAGGGGGCUAACAUAAACAAAUCUUUGUCAGUAUUAGGAAAUGUGAUAAGGCAACUAAGCGAGGGGAAGGAGUUUAUCAGUUAUCGCGAUUCGAAAUUGACUAGACUGCUCUCACAGGCUCUUGGCGGUAAUGCCAAAUCAUUGAUUAUCGGGAAUGAUGUACAAAUCAGAUGUAUAUGGAUCUGUAGUAAAACCUUUAGUCGAUUCCUUCAUGGAAGGUUUCAAUGCCACAAUAUUUGCAUAUGGCCAAACAUCUUCUGGCAAAACACAACACACAUUUUGGUCAAUAAAACAGAUCCUGGGCUUUUCCAAUUAGUAUCCAAUCAGUUAUUCCAGCAUGUGGCAGACCAGUCGAAAGAUGCCAAUCAGAAAGAUGGACCUGUACAUAUAAGCUACCUUAACUUAAUGGACUUAGCUGGUUCUGAGAGAGUUUCUCUGACGAAAGCUGCUGGUGAGCGUCUUAAAGAGGGGGCUAACAUAAACAAAUCUUUGUCAGUAUUAGGAAAUGUGAUAAGGCCUAAGCGAGGGGAAGGAGUUUAUCAGUUAUCGCGAUUCGAAAUUGACUAG